CAAGGGUAACUAUACUCACAAAAUGCAAUUGUUAGUUACUCGGAUUACAUUGUUUUUUUACAUCAUAUAUACAGUGUGUCCAUGAUAAGAAUGAAUAGCAAGGGGAAAUGGAAAUUAUAAGAAAUACAUAGGCUAAGUUUGAAAAGUUUUAGGGCUUAGUGAAAUAAUUUUUCUGGCCUUGUUUGAAAAGAUAUCAAAAAACAAAUCACACUUCCCUACACGACAGUGCUAACUGUAUUGAGUAGCAUUUUUAUUUUUCCCCCCUCGAAAAAUAUUUACACUGAAUUAUAGCUUCUGUCCCCAGUUCAUACAAUCUAAGACUGCUGUGCCAAUAGCGACUGCUACAGAAGGUAAAUUUACCAACAUUUACAUUGAUUUUAACUUGGUUAUUUGAAAAUUCCCCUUUGAUAAUCUCUACGUACGGCACUGUGUUCAGUCACAGGACUUAUUUAGACACUGCCUAAAUACAGUGCGAUGUAGAUUAUGACGUGACUCCUAUUUUUUAAAUAUGCGUGCUCACCUCAAUUGCACUUUAAAUAUUUAUUUCUCACAAAGUGCAAAUAAAAAUGCGUAACCUAUGCUCGUCCUUUAAUUUUUCGUUGUAGGUAGUUUCUUAUUGAAAUGAUAUAAAAAUUACGAUUUAAAAAAAAAGGUGUAAUCCGGAGUCACGUCGGAUUGUAGAUGCUAGUGAAGAGAACGACCGUUGGUUAAGUUCUUAUUCUGUGGUUGUGUGUUUUUGAGUGAAGUUUUGAAAAUAUGUCGAUUUUAAUUUUAUAGUGAAGAUUUUAUAUUUAUAUACAAGUUAGAGAUCCACAAUGGCGCAAUAUGAUUUAUACAAUUCGCCGAGCUUCCUUCCUCUCAAAGGGGACUCGGGUUCCAGUUCGUCCAGUAUUAGCGGUCUUGACAGUUACAAUCUCUAUAAGGAUAUGCAGAAAAUACCCAACGUUCCCCUGCCAAAUUCAAACCACAAGCGUAAACAACUUUUUACACGACUAAGUCCGAAUAUGAGAUCUAACAAACUGCAUGAAUACUUAAUGCAACUGAAACGUCCCGUAGUAGCGAGUACGCCGAGGGGGGCCGAAGCAUGCAGCACAUCGGGCGUUAGCUUUUGUGGGUUGUCACCUAUCGUUGCACGAAGAGACAGCAUUAUUCACAUUAACGGACACAAAUCGCAAAAUAUACGCAAUGACAAUUGUUCAGUUAAGGUAGUCACAAAACAUCUGAAAUCCCUUAAAAAUAACAAACUAAAAAAGAAAAAGGUCAAACGGGUGCCCAAAAUUGCGCAGAAACAAAAUAAUAAGACGAUCGAGGUAGUGUCAUUUGAAAAUUGUCCUGCCGGUAAACAACCACUAAGUAAUAUAGAAGCAGGAGUUGGCAUGCCAAUUCACAACGAAGAGAGAGAAACGCAAACCUCGAAUUCUUUAAUUUGUCAGCAAAUGAGGAAUGGGAAGAGUCAAAGUGAUAUUGUUAAUCCCAUAAAUUUGCUUAAAGACAAAUUGAUUGGAAGCACCAAUGUGCUUAAAAAUUCUUUGAAUGAGGGAAAACAGUCCCCUCAAUCUUCAUUUAAAAAUGAUAAUUCUAUUUCUAAAAUUCUGUCUAACAUUGAUUUUCUGUUAUGUUCUCAAGCUUCUCGUACAUCUGCAGGCAGCGACAAGGUUCAGAAUAAUGUAGACACAUUUAAGCAUCCACAAAAAGAUUUAAAAACAAUUAGUGAUAAAAAAACUGAUGAUGAUCUUCCUCACGACACUGUACAAGAGAAGGAAGUGUCCAAGAUCUCUGAAGAGAAAACUGAAAGUGUACUAGAAAAUAGAUCCACUGUAUCAAAAAUACCAACUAGUGAUAGAAUAUUAAGAAAUAGAAGUAAGACAGCUAAUAUUCCAGUAGCUUCUACAGAAAAGAAGCCGCGUACAAAGAAAAAAGGGAAAGGUGAGGUUAGUGACAAUAAAGUGGCCAAUUUAGAUUCAGAAAUGAAAGUAAGUGAAAAUCAACACCACACCUUAGAGGGUUCUCAAAUGGGUACGAGACUGGCUUCUCGGUUAUUGAGUGAUUGUUCUAGUCUUGAACAUCAUGAUAAGACAAAAACGGACGGUGAACCAUCCCACUCCACUACUCUCACUGGUAUCCCAGAGAAACUGUCAGAGACUUUGUUAAAAGAUGGAAGCAAUAUCAGCACUAACAGUGCAAAGAGAAAAAGGGGAGCUGGACGUCGGAAUAAUACCGGUACGGUUAAAGUUGGUGGUGAACAUCCAGACAGUACAAAAAUGGGCUGUGAAAGGCUUUCUCUCACUGCAAUCCCGGAGAAACUUUCCGAAAUGCCCGUGAACGAUGGCAAAAGUAUCAGCAAUAACAGUAUGAAAAGAAAAAGGGGAGCUGGACCACAGAAUAAUGCCAGUAUGGUUAAUGUUGGUGGUGGACUUCCAGCUAAUACAAAAACAGAUUGUGCAUCAACUGCUAUCCCUGAAAAACUUUCAGAAAAACAAGUGAAUGAUACCAAUACAGUUAACGUUAAUCCUGACAAUCAAGAUGAGACACAAGCAGGCUGUGACGAGGCUGGAAUAAUUCUUGAUAAUGAACCAUCACCUAUGAGCUUAGAUUCUGAGAUACUUUCUGAAACCCUGGUGAACGAAACCAAUCUACCAGCUAAUCAGUCGAAUUCAAACACUCUUGUUGAUGACCACUUGAUGGAUUGCUAUAUAAGCGGAGUGGAGUGCAUCGAAUUGUCCUCCAACAUAGAUAUGGAUCAAAGAAGCCGAGAACUUAAUGAAGCUGAUAUUGUUAGAGAGACACACGGUGGAAGCAUUCGGAACUUUGAAAUAAGCAGACGUGACAGAGAAAAUACUUUACGCUGUCAUAAAGAAACAUCACUGGAAAGAACAGAAGAAGAUCCUCGUGUGGCCCAAAGAGAAAACACAAUUAUUCAAGUAAGUGAUCUGGCAGAUAAUAACUACAGUGUUGCAAUGAGUGACAGAGAGGAAAUCUGUGAAGUAAAUGAUAUGGAAAAAGAUACGCACAAUUGUGAUAUAGCAAUUGAUGAGAAUGCAAAUCGGUCACUGCCACCACUAAUUCGUGGAGAGAAGAGCGAUGUUGCAGUAAUUGUCGAAAAAGCCGCAUUAGUGGUGGAAGGAAUUAUCUGUGAAGCGAGUGAUUUGGAAAAAGACAGAAUUGGUGCUGCUCCCGUGACGGAUGUGGAAGUAAAUAGGUCACUACCUAGUAGAGUAAUGCCGGAAACUGCAAAAGAUCUUAUUGACAACGGUGCACCUAAUAAACAUGAUAGAGAAGGUGUUGAACUUGUCCAAGAGCAACAUGUGCAAAGUUCACCUACAGUUAGCAAGGCGCAAAUCGUAACCGUAACAAACACAACUCAACCGAGUGAACCUGAACACAACACAAAUGAUGCAGCUUCGUUUGUGGUACCAACAAAAGAAACAAAUGCGCCAAGUAAAUCAAAUAGGAAGCCAAACACACAGAGAAAGGCCAACCCUAAGAAAGCACAUGAAGACACGCCUAUAAAAAAUAAUCCUAAACAAACCAGUAGGGAUACCAAACGAAAAACAACAAAGGAGCAUAUCGUGUUAAAGCAGUACAUACGUACCCGCAAAUCAGGAUUCGUUCGGCUUGAAGAGACUGCACCAAGUUGUUCCAAGGAUAGUACCAUGAAUGAUACCGGGAGACCGAGGCGAGCCGGUGGAGCUCCAAGGGCAUUCAUUCAAGCAACCUUUGUGGAUACUAGACACAUUCGAAAACUGUCAAGCGCAAGUGUUAUAUCAACCGACUCUGAUUCGAAAAAUACAACUACAAAAACUACAAAAACAUCUACUACUAGGACAAAGAGGCAGCGGACUACUAAAACUAAAAAUACUAGGGACAGCACAGAUAAUGAUCAGCAAAAUGAAAACAAUCCGAAAAAUAGAAGAGAAGAAACGGCACCUCCCACUAAACGAAAACGCCAAGUUACAAAAACGAAUGUCUCUCAUGACAGGAAUAGGACGGAUGCAACUCAUAGUGUUGAUCAGGAUAUUUCGGCAGGUUUGGCCACAACUGGAAACUGUGAGUCUGGUACAGGUGCCCACAACUUACAUCAAGGACACACAUCUGAUCAUUAUAAUACUCCUGUUUGUAUGAAUGAAACGGGAGUUGCUAUGUUGGACAGUAGUGUUGACAAUACUAUCGUGCCAAGAGAGUGUAAUGCAGAAGCGGUCGUGGAUCCAAAGGUUAUAACUAUUCAGAACACCCCGAUUCCAAGCACAAGUAAAGCAAACUCCAAUAAAGGUGAAAGUGGAGAAGGUAGCAGUGGUGGUUUCAAAAUGAACACUGCAGGGGAGGAGAAGGAUAAUCAUAAUAGGCCAGCCACAGGUUCGAAUCGCUGUAGUGAUCAUAUGAUUCAAGCUAUAAUCAACAACAAAUGCACACCAUUAGAGUGGUGCGCCGAUCCACCACAACUUGAUCCAUCUCAGAACUUGAGUAUGAUGUUCUGUUUGACAAACCUAAAGUCGCAUAUGUGCACUACAUUCUGUGGAUUCAUACAGUACGGACCUGGCCGAAAGAAAUCUGGUAUUCCGAAAAAUCACGCGCUUCUAUACAAGGUGGAAAAGGGAAAUGUUGAAGUUACGCAGCAAUUUAAUACAAGAAUUCUUGACGUUAACGCCUGCUUCUACAUACCCUUAGGUUCCCCUUAUACAAUCAAAAUAUAAGUGAUACUGAAAAUUUAAUUUUAUUUUUUAUAAAAAUGGUAAGUCUUUCUUUAAUUCUUGUUCGUAUUGUGAACAGUUUGACUAUGUAUUUAAUUUUAGAUUUAGACCAAUUUAUUUUAUAAAAAGUUUGUAAUAAAAAACUUUCCAAUUUUGA